AUGAAAUGGGCGGUUGGACAAACAAAAGAAGUUGUUGUUGCUGCUGAUGGUCCAGGUAGUGCUUUAAACCAAUUGCAAGGUCUCGAAGAGUUAUUUGUCGAUGAACAUGAUACUAUUUAUGUAGCAGAUGUUGAGAAUGACCGUAUACAGAAAUGGCUAAAAGGCUCAUUGGCAGGUCAAACAGUAACUGGUGGUGAUGAAAAAGGGUCAGAUUUAAGCAGUGCAAAAAGUGGAGUACUCAUAGAAGGAGGGAGUAAGGGCAAUGAAAUAACCAAAUUUCAUGGACCAAAAGGAGUACAAUUUGAUGCGGAUGGCAAUUUGUAUGUGGCUGAUAGGAAUAAUCAUCGUGUACAAAAAUUUACAAUUAAUAAUAACUAUUGCGCAAAUACUGCCGCCAUCUGGUAUUGCUCAACUGCAUUUGUGCCCUGGUGGAAAUUAGUUAUGGCGUAUCGUUUCAGAGCUUCAGCGGCAGGUACAAAAGUUCUGAUUGUACAGUUGUACAAAAGAUUAUAUAUUUUUGAAAAACAAACCAUUGGAUAG